GGCCAUCGACACAAGCGAGAAACCCAAUUCCCAAUCCAGUCGCAGUCUCACCUCGCGUCGCUCCCUCCGCCUCGACCGGUCGCCCAUCCUCCCCCUCUCCCCUCCCUUCGUGCUCUUCUCUGCACCCUCGUCCUCGCAAAACCCUAGCUCCCCACAUGCACCGCGGUGGCGACCGCUCCGGCGGCCCCUCGGGCGGCGGCGACCGCUCCGGUGGCAGGUUUCCGCGCGGCCCUUCCCGCUGGUCUGGCGGCGGAGGAGGAGGGGGAGGGGGUAGUCCGCCUCACCGGUACUCCUCCCGCGGCGGGGGUGAAUCUGGCAGCGGAGGCGGGAGGUUCCACCCGUACCGUGGGUCCUCCGACUAUUCUGGCGGCGGGGGUGGAGGUGGAGGCGGGGGUGGGGGGUACAGAGGCGGUGGUGGUGGUGGCGGCGACUUUGGCGAGCCGAGGCACCGCUACGGCGGCGGCGGUGGAUGUGGAGGCCGCGGUGAUUUCUCAGAUCAUGAUGGCCGAAGUAAUUAUGUCAAACUUUUUAUCGGUUCUGUUCCAAGGACAGCAACUGAAGAUGAUGUUCGGCCUUUGUUUGAGGACCAUGGAAAUGUUCUAGAAGUUGCCUUAAUCAAGGAUAGGAAGACUGGUGAACAACAAGGCUGUUGUUUUGUUAAAUAUGCUACUUCUGAAGAGGCUGAGAGGGCCAUCAGGGUUCUCCACAACCAGUACACUUUACCUGGGGCGCUGGGCCCCAUUCAAGUUAGAUACGCUGAUGGUGAAAGAGAACGACAUGGGGCUAUUGAGCACAAAUUGUUUGUUGCAUCCCUCAACAAGCAAGCAACAGCAAAAGAGAUUGAAGAGAUUUUUGCUCCAUAUGGUCAUGUGGAAGAUGUUUACAUUAUGAAAGAUGGAAUGAGGCAGAGUCGAGGUUGCGGCUUUGUCAAAUUUUCAUCAAGAGAACCAGCAGUGGCUGCCAUGAAUGCUCUUAAUGGGACUUACAUAAUGAGGGGGUGCGAGCAACCAUUAGUUAUUCGAUUCGCUGAUCCUAAGAGGCCUAAACCUGGAGAAUCAAGGGGUGGCCCUGCAUUUGGAGGUCCUGGUUUCAGUCCUCGAUCUGAUGCAGCACUUGUUAUCAGGCCAACAGAAAAUCUUGAUGAGCCAAGGGGUCAACAUAUGCCUCUUGACUCUUGGCGUCCAUCAAGUCCAAGGUCCAUGGCACCUCAUCAAUAUAAUAAUUUCGGGUCUGACAAUCCUUUGACUCUGCAAGCCAGCACUGUAACAUCAUCAGCAGAUACUGCUGCUUUUCGGCCUCCAAUGUUCCCUGGAAAUGGUUCAUUGUCAAGUCAGACAGCUGUGCCAACUUCCACACAUAUGGGCAUGAAUCCUCCCAUGCUGCAAGGCUAUCAUCUGGGAGGCCAGCAGAUUCCAACCUUGCAAAAGCCACCUGGGCCACCACAGAGUUUCCCUGUACAAUUGCAGAACUCUCAGCAAGGACAGCCACUGCAGGGGUCUAUUCCGCAGAUUGGGCAGCUUCAGACACCACAAUCCAUAGGGCCUCUUUCUUUUGGCCAGAAUGUGCCAUCUAUGCAAUUACAAGGCCAGCCUCCUGUGUCACAACCAUUGCAGCAUAAUGCUUCUCUAGGUGCGUUACAGGCACCUUCAUCUGCACAGUCCAAUCCCAUGCAACCUAUUCCUGGCCAGCAGCAACUUCCCACUAGUGUUGCUCCGCAAAUGCUCCAGCAGACGAGGCAGCAAAUGCCAUCACAAGCACCUCAGUUGCUGCUUCAGCAGCAGGCAGCUUUGCAGUCCAGUUAUCAAUCUUCACAGCAGGCGAUUUUUCAGCUUCAGCAACAGCUUCAACUAAUGCAGCAGCAAUCUAACCUGAAUCAGCAACCCCUUGCUCAGGUUCCUAAUCAGCAGUUCUCAUUGUCUGGACAGCCGGUGCAGCCCAGUAACCCUGGUGCUCCAGGUGUCAUUAUUCCAACAAACAUUAAUGCAGUUCCACAGCAGGUUACUUUACCUGCAGUUUCUUUGACCUGCAACUGGACAGAACAUAAUUCCCCUGAAGGUUUUAAAUACUACUAUAACAGCAUUACUCAUGAGAGCAAGUGGGAGAAGCCUGAAGAGUAUGUAUUAUAUGAGCAGCAGCAGCAGCAGCAGCAGAAACUUCUUUUGCUUCAACAGCAGCAACAGAAGCUUGCUGUUCAGCAACUUCAGUCACCGCCUCAGGGUCAAUCGCUUGCAUCGAUGCAACCUAUCCAACAGCUUCCUCAGGCACAGCAAGGGCAAACACAAAUGCAGAUGAAACAGCAGGAACUGAAUUAUAGUCAAUUACAGGCAGCUGGUACCAUUGAUCCUAGUAAGAUCCAGCAGGGCAUUCAAGCUGCACAAGAACGUGUUUGGAAAAGUUGAGUUCGAAGGUGAUUGAUAAAUGGUCAGUCAAGAGUCAGCACUGAGCUCCCGUGUGCUCCCACCUGUAACAGUGGUCUGCUUUAGUGCCUAUGCGGCUAGGCGCCUGACUGGCCUGAUCUUUGUAACUCUGGGUUUAGCUUAGAUUGAUAUCUAGAUCUAGAUCCUGUCUGUAAAUUGAUGCAGCUAGGCCAUGUAUCCCAUGUAACUUUGCUUAUUCAAAUGCUUUCGUCGGGGUCUAUCCCUACAUGGAUCUGCCAGUGGUCUUUUUCUGGGCCUCUCUGUUCAACUUUUUCUGCCAUGUUUGUAUGU